CUGAGAGAGAGGAGAGGACAAGACAGGAGAGCAUCUGAGAGAGAGGAGAGGACAAGACAGGAGAGCAUCUGAGAGAGAGGAGAGGACAAGACAGGAGAGCAUCUGAGAGAGAGGAGAGCAGGUCAGGGUGUUUGAGUGCUCGUUCACUCCUGAAUCCGAAGACCGUCAGCCAUGCGUUUCUUGUCCACUUGUGUGAACUUCUCGUUUCUCCUACUCCUCGCAGCAGGCUCGGUCAGGUCAGAGGCUGCCGUGGGAUCGCGAUCGUGGGACUCAGCCUUCGGACCUUAUCACUUGAGAGGCGAUGAAGUGCGAGACAUCCUCGCUCAUUCCUCGUCAUCGUCAGACAAUUAUUGGGGGAAGGGGUGGGGGUUGCAUGCGAGGCACGGGUCAUCCAAGCGUCGAGCCACAUGGAGCGUCGCACAUCACCCGCAGCUCCGGCUCACAACGCAAGACGCCAAGCUGCCUGGAGCAGCAAGCACGCAGGCGGGGCACCGGGAUAGCGAAGCUUGGAUCGUUCCAGCACUGUCACGGGUGAUGGAAGGGAAAGUGGUUCCCCACGAGCGAACAGGGAAUUCAUUGCUUCCUUCCUCCACUUCCCCCCCCACACCCAUUGCUGCUCCUAUCUCAGCUCCAGCAGUGGCGAUCGGAGCAGGGAAUAAUCAGCAUCUGACAGCACGAGGGAGGAACGCAGCUCUGCCUGUCAGGUCAACGACGCUGGGAGAAGCAGAGGAGGAGGCCGAGUACUCGCCUGAGAAUGCUCCUCCCAACGAGCCG